AGAGAGAUAUAGAAAGAAUACAGAAAAAGCCGCCUGUCGAUCGCACGCAUUCACAUCAUGCAUCAAGCGACACCUAGCGAGAUGCAGCGAAGUAAUAUUAGCAACAAAACAAACAUGGACGAUAGUUAUCAACAAAUGUUUCAUACGUUCCGAAAAUCACGGGUGAACCGCAGUACAAUAUGGCGUCGGCAGUUGAAAGAACGAGAUCCAGAAAAAUACAGGCGUUAUUUGGAUCAGCAGAGGGUCAGGUCACAGAUUGCUAGAAAUCGUUUAAAAUCUGCUAUUAGUAUUGUAAAGAAUUCUCCAAAAUCAAUAACAAAUAAGUAUGAUCGACAGAAGAGACUAAGCUCUGAUAAGCUACGGGCCUAUCAGUGGAAGAUUGCACACAAUUCAGUCGAUGCUCGGAUACUGGCUAAAUUAGCAACAAAUGUUUCAUCAAUCUCUGAGAAAGUAGAUGAAGAACCCAAAAUUGUUUUGGACAAACUGGCUGACCAAUUGAAAGUAUUUAAGUAUUCCCACAUUCUGCCCAGUGGGUUACAUAUGAGAGAGGCUAAAACUUUGCUCCGGGUCACUUCAAAAUACUAUUGGUCAUCACUGACUGAAGACAUUAAAAAAUGGGUGUCUGAGUGUGAAGUUUGCCAGAAACUUCGGCAGUAUCAAAAUGACAUUGUACAGUUGCCCAAUGAAAAUCCAUCCUGGAAGGAGACCAAUUCCAUGCAGACUACAAGUGACUGUGGUGUAUGGUCCAGAGAAAGCAUAGAGCUUCUUCUGAGGUCGUUAACACAAUAUUUUAUGAUGAAACCGUCUCAUAUCACAAGUGAGUCUGAAUUAUGGAUGGAAAUCUCAAACAAAAUGAAACUCCUUGGUUUAAACACAACGUCUUUACAAUGCCAACAGAAAUGGCAAGAACUCAAACAAAAAUACGUCCAUUUGAAAAUGUCGAAGAAUUCUUCAGAGAGCAGCAAUCAAGUUUGGCCUUUCCUUGGUGUCUUGAACAUGAUGUACUAUGCUUUCCAAAAUCCAAGGUUAGAGGGCUCAUCUUCACUUCCGAGUCCCUUUGAUUCAGUUUUUGCUAUUGAUGUUGAUGGCGCCAACUCUUCAGUGGAUCUGCUUUCAUCUUGUGAUUCCCAUAUUAUCCCUGACAGUUUUUCUUCUCGAAUACUUUUGGAUAAUUACCGUGAUGUAAGUACUGUGGAGAACACUGAGAAUCUUCUGCAAGAUCAUAUAGAUAACCAGGCUGAUAGAAUUUGGCAAAACAAUGUGUGGAAUUCGUCACUGAGAUCAGAGGGAGAAGAAGACAACCAGGUGGUGGAGAAAAAUUUUCUGAAACAAAUAAGUUUGGAAGAGGAGGUGUGCAAACAGUAUUGGGACAAUUUGGAGAGCAGCUCCUUGUCCUUGCAGAAUAGUUUCCGUCCCAGUCCUAAUGGUAAUGGUAAUGGCAGUGUCAUUGCUGUAAUGCCGUCAUUCAAUGAUGACAUCCAUAACAGUGUCGAAGUAAUUACUGACUCAGAACUUCAAAGGGAGAUAAAGAAAGAGGCUGACAACUCUUUUGAACAAACAACUAUUCCAAGCAUAUCUGUGAUGGAGAAAGCUAAUGAACAAAGUUGGACAUCGGAAGAUGCCAAUCUUGGAAUUUUCAGCAUUAAAAUGGAACCUAGCAAUAAUGAGGCAAACUUAUAUAUGGAAAUUUCGACUCCUCAGGAUUUGAAUCCAGCAUCAUCAACAUCUGUUUCAUCAUCCACAUCAUCGUCAUCAUCAUCAUCAUCAACAUCAUCAUCUUCAAUACCAUCGUCGUCAUCGUCAUCAUCAUCAUCAUCAUCAUUAUUGUUGCCAUCAGCAGUAUCAUCGAUAACACCAUUAGCUAUAGCCCCGACUUCUACUACUACUAGUAGUACUACAACAACAACCACUACCACAAUAUCAGGUUGUGAUGCUAAUGGUGCAAAUUUACAGAACAGUGACAAAAUUGUUUUAGGAGAAUUACCUACAGAACCCGUCGGAACUAAAAAUGAUUGUGGUUUAGAGCUCUUUUGUCAACAGGCAUCUGUGCUUUCUGAAAAUAUUAACAACAUCUGUGAUUCUGCAAGUGAUAAUGGCAUUAACCAUGAUAUUUCAAACAUCACUAGAUUACAAGAUAUCACUUCUGAGACCAACUCUUCAAAACCCCUUCAACACAAUACAACUUUAAAUAGUAAUCAGUCAAGCUCUGAAAUUCCUAAUAUGCCAAUCACCAGUCACUCAGAGACUCUCUGCUUGGAUCUGGGUGCUACUGGGUCUAACAUUUUCUCUGGACAAAAUUCCGAACUUUCUAAGGGGUUAUUAGCUAAUAAGACACUGAACUUGUUGGACUCGCCUUUGCCUUUAGCUGUGGGUGAGCUCAGAAGAGAUAAAAAUGAGAGCAAUAAUAGUGAAGCUGUACCACAUUGGUUCCAGCUCUAUGUUCAGCAAUACCAACAAGAAGCUGAAAUUCGAGAGAAACAACUAAAAGAUUUCCAAACUAAAAUUCUAGAACUUUUCAAGGAAACAAAUCAACAAUUAGCCACUCUAAUUGAAGUACAAAAAAAUGAAAAGAUGAGGCAGGAAAAGAAAGAUGAAGAAUUUAGAUCUAAUCUGCUUGCUAUUUUGCAAGAGAAUCUAAAGAAAUGAAGCAUUAAAAUAUGUCUGAUUGUUGUUA